UAUUUAUUUAGUUAAACAUUUUCCUUCCACCUUUAUUUUGGUUAUUAUUGUGCACGUCACUUCCUGAAGUCACACUUCACACUCCUGCUCAGUAGGUGGCGGUAAUGCACCAACAGCUGGUCUGCCAUCCGCCAUAAACCUGAAAGAAGAAGAAGAGUCUCUGGUUUUCUCUUCAGCAGUGUAUGAUAGGUGGCAGUAUGGAACUAGUUUUGGAUCUGAAAACCCGCAGAAACAGAAACUGGAGCUCCACGAGCUUUCAGCUAGUAAUUCUGUAGAUCUGAACAGUUCCAGUCUUCACUGUGGAUCAGCGGAGUCCGUUCUGAGAAAGAAAUGAUCAUCAGUUAGAUGAAAUGAAUGCUGUCCUGUUUCAGGUCUCCUGCUCCUGGUGACAACUUCCCAAUCUGUUUGAAAUUUAUCUUCAGAAAUACAGUACCAGAACAGUUCACAAACAGGAUAAACUACUUAAACAGUGGAAGAACAUAAAAUUCAGAAAAAUGUCCAUUAAUGAGCCAACAUCAUCUCCUACCCCACCCAAACAAAUGCAGAAAAGUUCAGGCAAGAAGAAAACUCACCACUGUUCAGACUGUGGAAAAAGUUUUAGUCAACAGAGUCAUCUCCAACGCCACCAGCGCAUUCACACUGGAGAGAAACCGUAUCACUGCUCAGACUGUGGAAAGAGUUUUAGUCGUCAGAGUCAUCUCCAACGCCACCAGCGCAUUCACACUGGAGAGAAACCUUAUCACUGCUUAGACUGUGGGAAGAGUUUUAGUCGUCAGGGUCAUCUCCAACAACACCAACGCAUUCACACUGGAGAGAAACAGUAUUACUGCUCAGAUUGUGGGAAAAGUUUUACUCGUCAAAGUACUCUCAAAAACCACCAGCGCAUUCACACUGGAGAGAAACCGUAUCACUGCUCAGACUGUGGGAAAACUUUUACUCAACAGAAUCAUCUCCAAUGCCACCAGCGCAUUCACACUGGGGAGAAACCGUAUUACUGCUCAGACUGUGGGAAAAGUUUUACUCGUCAAAGUACUCUCAAAAACCACCAGCGCAUUCACACUGGAGAGAAACCGUAUCACUGCUCAGACUGUGGAAGGAGUUUUACUGAUCGGAGUACUCUAAAAAAACACCAGCGCAUUCACACUGGGGAGAAACCAUAUUACUGCUCAGACUGUGGGAGGAGUUUUACUCGUCAGAGUAUCCUCAAAAAACACCAGCGCAUUCACACCGGAGAGAAACCGUAUCACUGCUCAGACUGUGGGAGGAGUUUUACUGAUCGGAGUACUUUAAAAAAACACCAGCGCAUUCACACUGGAGAGAAACCGUACCACUGCUCGGACUGUGGGAAGAGUUUUAGUCAACAGAUUAGUCUCAAAAAACACCAGCGCAUUCACACUGGAGAGAAACCGUAUCACUGCUCAGACUGUGGAAAGAGUUUUAGUCAGCAGAGUCAUCUCCAACUCCACCAGCGCAUUCACACUGGAGAGAAACCGUAUCACUGCUCAGAUUGUGGGAGGAGUUUUAGUCAUCAGAGUACUCUCCAACGACACCAGCGCAUUCACGCUAGAGAGAAACCAUAUUACUGCUCAGACUGUGAGAAGAGCUUCAGGUAUUCUUGUAACCUGAAGAAACACAAAUGCUCUAAGAUCAGUAAUGGAACAGGGUUAGGGUUUCCAAAAAGCUAACUUGGUUAACUAGUACUUAUGAUUGAUCAUUAAUUAAAGAGUGUCUCCUAAACCUAUAAACAGAACAUUGUUAUUUAUCCCCAAACUUUUGCAGCAAUGCUGGCAGCACACGUGACCCCUUCUCAAAAACUGCAGUAUGACCUUGGCCAAUGUGCUAUAGCUCAGAUUCAGGGUGUUAUCAGUCUUCUUAUAGGACUAGUCCAUCUAAACAAUUCUAUUUCUCCGAUCCUUAGCGAGAGGUGCCAUGUUGAAUAUCCAUGCCCUGUUGGUACCCAGAACACUAAUGAUUAACAGAUUAACACAAUUUGGACAUGUUCACUUUGUAAAUGUAAGUUUAAUUUUUAUAAUGUUGUUCCAUUAAAAGAUAAAAUAAAUCCACCUACAAAGGUGUAACAAUUAUUGUCAUCAAUUUUCAAAUGUUUAUUGAGUGUUGUUAAAAGGAAAGGUAAUGUAACACAGUGGUAAACAUGCCCCGGUCCCAACUUUUUGGAGCGUGUUGCUGGCUCAAAAUAAGUGAAAAUUUGCAAAAACCAAGUUCAUCCUUUUGGAUAUUAAAUAUCUUGUCUUUGUAGUGUAUUCAAUUGAAUAUAGGUUGAAAAGGAUUUGAAAAUCACCGUACUCUGUUUUUAUUCAUGUUUUACACAAUGUCCCAACUUUAUUGAAGUUGUUCUACUAUACACAUUUUUUUUCUUCCUUUUAUUUUAACCAAUACAAUGUAUAUUAAAAUACAAAUGCCUGAAUGUUGCAGUGAAUUAUUCAAAUAAACUGGAAAAACAAUU